AAGGCGCAGUUCGCGGUUGUAAGCGCCAAGCCUGAGCUGGGGCGCCAACUUUUCGGCCGCCCUCUCUGGGGUCAGCGGCAGGACUCGCGCUCUCUCACCGCCCUCCUCGCUCUCGCGCCUCCUGACCCAGAUCGUCUGUCCUCCCCCGAACUCUGCCUGGCCUCCCGCCUCUGCCAGGGAGAGGAAGGUGGAGGCCGCGAGACUAGCCUGGGCGAGCAAGGCAGGCGCGCGCGGGCUUGGCACACUCAGUGAUGUCCACCGGCUCGGUGAGCGAUCCAGAGGAGAUGGAGCUGCAAGGUCUGCAGCGGGGGUACCCGAUCCCUGCCUCUAAGAGGCCACCUCUCUGCGGAACCGAGCGCAGCUAUGUCUCGCCCAGUGACAACUCUUCGGCCGAGGAGGAGGACCCCGACGGCGAGGAGGAGCGGUGCGAGCUGGGCGCGUCCCGAGCCGCGGGAAACUGCAAGAGGAAGCGGCAGCGUGUAGCUGGGGGCGGCGGCGGCAAGAAGCCCCUCCCGCCCAAGGGUUCAGCAGCCGAGUGCAAACAGUCGCAGCGGAAUGCGGCCAACGCCCGCGAGCGCGCCCGGAUGCGCGUGUUGAGCAAAGCCUUUUCCAGACUAAAGACCAGCCUGCCCUGGGUGCCCCCCGACACCAAGCUUUCCAAGCUGGACACGCUACGGCUGGCUUCCAGUUACAUCGCGCACCUGCGGCAGCUGCUGCAGGAGGACCGCUACGAGAACGGCUGUGUGCAUCCGGUGAACCUGACAUGGCCUUUCGUGGUCUCAGGACGACCUGAGUCUGACACCAAAGAAGUCUCUGCAGCCAGCAGACUAUGUGGGACCACCGCUUAGGUCGAACUGGAACUCAUUUGAUGGGAUUAUUGGUUAAACCCGUGUGUUUGGGGACCCUGGAUAGAAGGGAGAGAGCUGGAGAACUCCACAGAAGGGGAAGAAAGUUUCAUUGGAUUCUCCUAGACCCUCCUCCCCUUCCCUGGAACUGUGGCCACAACAGGUGGCAGACUUGAGGGACAGAUCCGGAGGGUCGGCGGCUUGGCUAGGGCGCCGACCGCUGGGCUGCAGCGGAUCUGGGCGUCAACACCUUACUUCUCCGGAAAGAGUAUCCAUCCGUAUCAAAAGCGCGGACCCACUUCCAACCUCUGGCUUUAACAGUAUAGAUUAACUCCUGCGCUGCCGUCUGAUCGCAGCGCCAAACCUCCUCGGGGUUGUUUUCCAACCUGAGUCAGAUCUAUCAGUGAUGGCUCGAGUCUGCACACGGGCCUUUCACGGUUAGGCUUGCUCAGAACGCGCUCUUCACCAUUGGCUUUAAAGACAGAAGUUUUCACGAGACCCCCAUCGGAGAAUUUUUUUAAGUUGCAAAAGAGAAGAGAUGGCAUACCUGGGUCAGGUUUGUAUAGCACAGCGCAGCGACCUCCUAGCUGGCGGGAUGUUGCCCGCUUCGCACUCGGCCAGGAGCAGAGACUUUCAGAGACCAGCAGAGCAGGGUUGAGCUGGGAACGCUGCGGGAGGGGUGGUUCGGCCUGCAGCGGUCCAGCUCCCAGUGCCCCCAGGGCUCCCGCCGCCUCCUCCUCAGGCUUCCGCCUACCUCCUCGCGCUCUAGAUUUGAACCUCAUAGCCCCUCCCUCACAAUUUGCCUCUGGUCUCCCCCGUACCUCCUUCUACCGCCGCUCCCACUGCUCCUAGCAGUUUCUACUCCCAACUCCCCAAACCCAGAUCGGACUCCUGACUGUCCGCUCCAAGUCUCCCCACUCGUGGCUCCGAUUGCUCCCCUAAUACCGCCUCCUCGUGGGGACAACCUUGCUUGGUGGGAGGAAUGGUCGGGGUCGCUGAAGCUGUUUGGGACCAAGUGACCCCGUUCAGGGGGAAAUGAGGCUGCCGAAAGGCUGCACUACCGCAGUAAUUAGCAAAUGUAAAUAAAUUUAUUUUUUUAUGAAUAAUAAAACGCAUGGUGAAAACCAAAUGCCCCAGGCGCGUCAGAAUGUGGUCUUUGUUAUCCUUGAUUGAGUUAGACCCAGAAACUAGUUUAAAGGAGACUUCCAGGCUGUGGUCAGG